AUGAAGAAGAGGUGGUCUGCUGGAUGGAUGAAGAAAGAAGCUCUCGUGAAAGAGGAGGAAGAGGGGGCUGUUAAAAUACAAAAACAAGUAGAGGUUGAGGCUGUUCCCGUGAAAGAAGAAGAGAAAGCGGUCCCAGUUAAAGAAGCGGAAGACUCGUUCAGAGUCAAAGAGGACGGCGACGUUUCAGUGAAAGAAGAGGAGGGGGAAGUGACUGUCACAGCGAAAAAUGAAGAAGAGGAGGAAACUGGAUAUCUGGGCCCGGUUUCCCAAGCGCAUCUUAAGGCGUCCGAUGGUUCUAACGAUGAACGGGCCCUGAUUAACACUGGAGAGAGAUGUGACUAUCGUGGAUCCUCUGGGGGUUCUCAACAACCUCCUGAUGCUGAAGAGGCAGAGAAGAGACUCUCCUCCUCAAAACACUUCAAGAAACACCAGAAGAGACCCACAGGGAAGAAAUCUCAUUGCUGCUCUGACUGUGGGAAAGGUUGCAAAUCUUCAUCGGAACUUAAAAUUCACCAGAGAAAACACACAGGAGAGAAACCUUACAGCUGUGGUCAAUGUGGGAGGAGUUUUCCUGCAUCUAGCUAUCUGACAGUACACCAGAGAACACACACAGGAGAGAAACCUUUUAGCUGUGAUCAAUGUGGGAUGAGAGUUUUACUACAUCUGUCUGAAGUACACCAGAGAACACACACAGGAGAGAAACCUUAUAGCUGUGGUCAAUGUGGGAGGAGUUUUACUACAUCUAGCGGUCUGACAGUACACCAGAGAAAACACACAGGAGAGAAACCUUAUAGCUGUGGUCAAUGUGGGAGGAGUUUUCCUACAUCAAGCCAUCUGAAAGGACACCAGAGAAAACACACAGGAGAGAAACCUUAUAGCUGUGAUCAAUGUGGGCAGAGUUUUACGACAUCUAGCGGUCUGACAGUACACCAGAGAAAACACACUGGAGAGAAACCUUAUAGUUGUGUUCAAUGUGGGAGGAGUUUUACUACAUCUAGUGGUCUUACAGUACACCGGAGAACACACACAGGAGAGAAACCUUAUAGUUGUGAUCAAUGUGGGCAGAGUUUUACUAGAUCUAGCAGUCUGACAGUACACCAGAGAACACACACAGGAGAGAAACCUUAUAGCUGUGUUCAAUGUGGGAGGAGUUUUAAUAAAUCUAGUGGUCUUACAGUACACCAGAGAAAACACACAGGAGAGAAACCUUAUAGCUGUGAUCAAUGUGGGCAGAGUUUUACUAGAUCUAGCGGUCUGACAGUACACCAGAGAAAACACACAGGAGAGAAACCUUUUAGCUGUGAUCAAUGUGACAAGAGAUACUCUGAUAAAAGACCUCUGAUCAAACAUCAGAAAAUACAUACAUGAAGAAGUUGUUUCAGGAUAUCAAUGAAAUAAUGUCACAAUGUAGAA